UAUAAUAGAUAUGACAGUAAUUCUGCAGUAAUUGUACAAAUGUCAAAAUCAUGUCAAAAUAGUCAAAUGACUGUCGAUUUUAACAAUUUUUACUACAUUUUAACUCGUGUAAUAAAAUUACGUAUAUAAAUUAUAAUUAAAUGAAGAAAUAAGAAAUGUGGGUGUUUGGUUAUGGAUCUUUGAUGUGGCGUGUUGAUUUCCCAUAUGAAGAAAAAAUAUUGGGUUAUGUUAAAGGUUUUCAAAGAAAAUUUUAUCAAUUAAGUACAGAUCAUCGAGGGACUCCGGAAAAUCCUGGUAGAGUUGUAACUUUGAUCCCUGGGGAUAGUAAUUCUGAAGUGUAUGGUAUUGCUUACAGGAUUCGAGAAUCUGACAUAAAUAAAGUUGUAGACCACUUAGACUACAGAGAAAAGGGUGGUUAUGAAAGGAAUAAUGUAAUAUUUUAUCCAAGAGAUAAUCAUCUCAACCCGUUUGAGAUUACUAUUUAUGUAGCAACUGAGAAUAAUUGUAAUUAUGGAGGCCAUGCUGAAAUUGAUGAUAUUGCGAAACGAGUAGUGAACUCUAUAGGGCCAAGUGGGCCCAACAUUGAUUAUGUUUGCAAUUUAGCUAACAGUAUGAGAAGUUUAUUUCCAGAUGUAGAAGAUGACCAUUUAUUUAGUUUAGAGAAAAAAGUAUUACAAUUGUCAGAUAAGAACAAUAAAUAAAAUAAUUUUC